AUGGCUAGCCUUCCUGUCUGGCUGCUUUCAAUUCCAAUUUGCUGCUUACCGCCCGGGAAUGCAAAUGUGUAUGCCGUCCGCAAUGGCGGGUGGGCUCUGGAAUGUGCAGGUAGCGGAGCACCAGGGGCAGCACCGUACGAGCUGGUGGACGACUAUCAACCUGGCAACUUCUUGGACAAGUUCAACUUUUACAGCUCCUACGAUCCCACCUAUGGACACGUCCAGUAUGUCAACGAGACCGUGGCCACCGCAAAUGGCUAUGCCGCCAUAUCGAGUCGAGGAACAUUCGUCUUGAAGCCAGACACAACCAACGCCUGGCCCAAUGGGGGCCUGGGAAUACCGAGCGUGAGGAUCAUCAGUGACAACACUUAUUAUCAUGGCCUGUUCGUCAUGGACAUGGUGCACAUGCCUACGGGAUGUGGAACUUGGCCUGCGUAUUGGCUUCUGGGGCCUGAAUGGCCUUCCAAGGGCGAGAUUGAUAUCAUCGAGGGCGUCCACACCGACAUGUACAACACGAUAUCAAUGCACACCAGCGAUAACUGCACAAUCGCAGGUAGCACUCAGUCGGGUACUCUGAAGCAAAACAACUGCUACGCUGGUGUCAACGGGAAUUCUGGAUGCGGCUCGCUUCUGGACAACAACGCCGCCCUGCCCAACAACUACGGAGCGGGCUUCAACCAAAAUCAGGGUGGUGUUUAUGUAACCGAGUGGACUUCUGAAUUCGUCAAGCACUGGUGGUUUCCUCGAGGCAGCAUUCCCAGCAGCAUCACAAAUGGCGCACCUGAUAUUUCGCAAUUCGGUAUUCCAGCGGUCAACCAGCAAGGCGCUUGCGACAUCGACACGAAGUUCCGCAAUAUGAGCGUUAUCAUCAAUAUCGAUUUUUGUGGAGCGUGGGCUGGAAAUGUCUACCGUCAAUACACCAACUGCCCACAGAAUCCCAAUCCAUCGGUGGACUCCUUGAACUCUUGUGUCGACUACGUUGGCACGAAUCCCGAUUCGCUCAAGCAGGCCUAUUUUGAGAUCAACUCUCUGAGAGUGUUGUCGUGA